AGUCUUGAACACAAUAAUUCAAAGUUACUGUGUAAGAGUUGAUUUGAAAAUUUGGUAGCCAGCUUGCUCCUAAUAAUUGGGAGAUGUUGCUGGUGAAGAUGUAUUUGGAUGGUUGAACUGGGAUUUUUAGUCUGAAACUCAUUUUAUCUUCUUAAUGCACCUUGGUUACUGUCUAUGGUGGGUUUCAAAAAUUAAGGUUACAACUUCCAACAGUAGUGUGUGCUUUAAGAAAUGUGUCAAUGAAAUAAAUGGCAAAUGAUCUGGGCAUAGCAUUUUACAUCGCCAUAUGCUGCAUUGCCUUUAUUAUAUCGAAGAUCAUUCUUUGGAUUCUCCUUUAUAAGCGAUGGAAAAGAAAGACGAUGAUUUAUGAGGAAGGUUUCUCAGGAGGGAAGAUGGUGAUGUUUAGGUCUCCAGUGUUGCAGUCUGUCUCAUCUGAUGUGUUGUUAAAGAAGACAUUGAAGUUAAGCAACAAAGACAUCAUUGGUGCUGGAGGGUAUGGUACAGUUUACAAAUUAAUGGUAAAUGAUACCAUGGCCUUUGCUGUGAAAAGGCUAAAUAGAGGAACUGAAGAUAGAGAUAAAGGAUUUGAGAGAGAAUUGGAGGCAAUGGGGGAUAUCAAGCACCGCAACAUUGUAACUCUUUACGGAUACUACAGCGCCCCUCACUACAAUCUUCUGAUAUAUGAGCUAAUGCCUAAUGGAAGUUUGGAUGCUUUUCUGCGUGGGAGAUCAAUGGACAGUAAGGUUUUGAAUUGGCCAACAAGAUAUAAAAUAGCAUUAGGUGCUGCAAGAGGAAUAGCAUACCUUCACCAUGAUUGUAUCCCCCAUAUAAUCCACAGAGAUAUCAAGUCAAGCAAUAUAUUACUGGAUCAGAACAUGGACGCUCGAGUCUCAGAUUUCGGACUUGCCACAUUGAUGGAGCCAGACAAGACUCAUGUUUCAACAUUUGUGGCUGGAACCUUUGGAUAUUUAGCCCCAGAAUAUUUUGAUACAGGAAGAGCAACAGCAAAGGGCGAUGUUUACAGCUUUGGAGUUGUUUUACUAGAGCUUUUAACAGGAAAAAGGCCAACAGAUGAAGCGUUUCUGGAGGAGGGAACAAAACUUGUUACAUGGGUAAAGGGAGUUGUUGAAGAAAGGAGGGAAGAAUAUGUGCUUGACAGUAGCUUAGGUUCUUGUCCUGUGGAUGAGAUUAACAAUACUUUCAAUGUAGCAUUAAUGUGCCUUGAAACAGAUCCCUCCAUGAGGCCUACAAUGGCUGAGGUUGUUAAGAUGCUGGAGCAGAUAAAGUCGGAGAAAGCUGUUAAUGAUUGUUAACCUCACAUUCUGUAGCCAUCCAAAAACUCUUGUACAUACAACAUUUUUAUCCUCUUUUCGCUCUUUUGGUUGAAUAAUAGUAAACAACUUCUUGUUGUUCUUAAGUUU